AUGGUAGAUGGCAAGUGGAAGAGGGAACGAUUUCGUGAGAAGUAUUGGUACCAGUGGGAUAGGUGCAAUGCAAUAGUACUGUCCUGGUUAAUGAAUUAUGUUGCUCAGAACUUGAUUAGUGGAAUUGCAUAUACUAUGAAUGCUCAAACAGUCUGGGAGGAGUUACGUGAGAGAUUUGAUAAAGUUGAUGGCUCUAGAUCCUUCAAUUUACAUACUGACAUUGCAACCCUAACUCAAGGUACUCUAUCCAUUUCUACUUAUUACUCAAAAUUAAAAGAUCUGUGGAAUGAAUUUGAGGCAUUAGUGCCACUACCUGGUUGUGACUGCCCUAAGUCUAAAGAUUUUGUGGUGUUUCUCCAAAGACUGAAGCUGUAUCAAUUUUCCAUGGGCUUAAAUGCCAACUAUCAAGCUAGAAGUCAGAUUUUACUCAUGUCCCCAUUACCUACUGUGAAUCAAGCAUAUGCUAUGCUUAUGAGUGAUGAAAACCAAAAGGCUAUUGUUGCUAACUCUGGUAUUCUGGGUGUUUCCCCUCCUAAUAUAAACUCAGGAAGAUAUGAUUCUACUGCUUUGUAUAGCUCUAAAACUAGAGGAAAUCAAAAGUUUAGGAAAAAUUAUAAUCUCUACUAUGAGGUAUGUAAGAUGAAAGGACAUACAAAGGAAAAUUAUUACAAAAUAGUAGGGUAUCCAUCAGACUUCAAAUACAAGAAGAAAUGGGGAGUUGGUGGCUCUAGUGCAUACAAUGCAAUAACUGAAACUAGUUCAAUCCAUGUACAUUCUCCAACUCAAAAAAUGUCAGCUCAGGUGAUUGGACAGUACAUGGAGACUCAGCCUGCUCAAAGAGAGGUUCAAGCCACUCAUCUAGGUGUUCAGAAUCAGAACCCUCAACUUGGUGCAUGUACAUUUACCAAGGAGCAGUAUGAUCAAAUUGUACAACUCUUGCACAAGGUUUCCCCUUCAACUGCUAGUGCCAAUACAACAGGUAAAAGUAGUAUUUUCUUGGUGUCUGAUAGUAAGCCAGAUUGGAUCAUUGAUACAGGAGCCACAAACCAUAUGGUAACUGAUAUUAACUUGAUCAAUAAGUAUUCAAUUAGUGAACCUAUUGUGCCUAAGAAAGUGUUUCUACCAAAUAGAGACAUUACUCAUGUAGCUUAUAUUGGAACUAGUUCUAUAUCCGCUAAUAACUGCCUCAUGAAUGAUUUCUCCAAUGGGAAGGUGAAGGCGAUUGGUAAGGAGGAUAAUGGGUUGUACCUAUUGCUCAAACAUAAUGCAAGAACCAUUAAGGCAUUUACACUAGCAGCUCAAGGAAGAGAAGCUGUAGAUAUAACUCUAUGGACUCUUGGAAUUGUGCAUCAGAGAACUUGUGCCUACACCCCUCAACAAAAUGGCGUAGCUGAGAGAAAGCAUAGAUAUAUUCUAGAGGUGACCAGAGCUAUUAGGUUCCAAGUACAUAUACCAAUCAAGUUUUGGAGGCAGUGUGUCCUUGCAGCUGUGUACCUCAUUAACAAAAUGCCUUCUCCCCUUAUGGAUGGAGUUUCUCCCUAUGAGAGGUUGUAUGCUAAGAAGCCUGAUCUUGGCCACUUAAGAGUAAUUGGCUUCUUAUGUUAUGCAAAACAGGUCCAUGAGGCAGACAAGCUUUUAUCCAGAGUUAACCCUACAGUACAUAUGGGAUAUUCUCCUACUCAAAAGGGCUAUAUCUUGUAUGACCUUACUUCUCAUUCUUUUAUUGUUAGCAAGGAUGUGGCAUUCAGAGAGGAAGUGUUCCCAUUUUCCAGCACCAAAUCUGUUCCACCACCUUUAUUUGUUGAUUCCCAUUCUAGUUCAUAUCACUCUGAACCUCCUGGGAUUGCUCACACCCUCAAUGAUCCUGCAGCUAUAGAGGUGGAGAAUGAAGAUCUCACACAGAGGGUCUGUCAGUCACCUGAUGUGGGAAAUCCUAUUAGAUCCAGAUGUGUUGACACCACCACCAGUUCACAGAGCACCUCUGUAUAUUUAGUUACACAAGACACUAAUCCUACACUGAGGAAGUCCACUAGAACUAAACAACCUCCCAUUUGGAUGAAAGACUUUGUUUCUCUCAACAAUCACAAAGAUGUUCCCUAUGCUAUCUCAAACUACUUGUCCUAUGACACACUAUCUCCUAAGUAUCAGACUUAUAUUGAAGCCACUUCAACUAUAGUUGAACCUUCUUCCUAUGAGGAAGCUAUUAAAGAUCCAAAAUGGGUAGAGGCAAUGAAGGCUGAAAUUACUGCUCUUGAAGACAAUCACACAUGA